UCCCUUCUGUAGCCUGCAGUAUUUGGAAAUGCUGUCUCUUCAUUCACUGAUCAUAUGGCUAACAUCUAUAGACCUAUUUCAUACCUAUUCUGACAGCAGUUUGCCCUUUUGUGUUUUUACUGGGAUGCAUAGUGGUUGCAGAGAAUUCUUUGUAAAACAUUCCAGCUGUCUUUCAAUGCUGGGAGCAAGCAUCACUGUGAAUGUACAUCUAAUCUCUCUCAGCCUUGCUUAAAGAUUUGCCGGCUUCCAGUGACAUGACAUAAUACACUAAACACAGCUAACCGUAUUUGCCCCAUUAACUGGGAAGAACACCAGACACAGAAGCAAGAGAGAGAAGCCUAAAGUGAACCAGAACCUCAUACGCAUAUGCAACAUAUCAUUGAUAACCAUCCAGACAUGGCUACUGCUUUGCUGGCUGGAGAGAAACUCAAGGAACUGAUAUUGCCUGGGCAGCAAGAUGACAGAGCUGGCUCUUUGGCAGCUCUUUUGGUGCAGCUUAAGCUUGAACUUCCCUUUGACAGAGUGGUGACCAUUGGCACCGUCCUUAUACCUAUACUCCUCGUUACCUUAGUCUUCACAAAGAACUUUGCUGAGGAGCCUAUAUACUGUUACACACCUCAAAACUUCACCCGCGAUCAAGCCUUGUAUGCAAGAGGAUAUUGCUGGACAGAGCUUAAAGAUGCCCUACCAGGAGUGGAUAUUAAUCAAUGGCCUUCAUUAUUUGAACACAAGUUUCUGCCCUAUGCUCUUCUAGCUUUUGCAGGAAUAAUGUACAUACCUGCAUUGGGUUGGGAGUUUCUUGCCUCAACAAGGUUGACUUCAGAACUGAACUUUCUUCUUCAAGAGAUUGACAACUGCUAUCACCGGGCAGCAGAGGGACGUGCACCCAAAAUUGAGAAGCAAAUUCAGUCAAAGGGUCCAAGUAUUACUGAACGAGAGAAACGAGAGAUUAUAGAAAAUGCAGAAAAGGAAAAAAGCCCCGAACAAAAUCUUUUUGAAAAGUACUUGGAAAGAAGAGGUCGGAGUAACAUCUUAGCCAAGUUAUAUUUAGCCAGGCAUUUGCUCAUUAUUUUUUUAAGCAUUAUACCAAUAACAUAUCUAAGCACUUAUUAUGCAACCCAAAAACAGAAUGAAUUCAUAUGUGCACUUGGAGAGCCCCCUCAUAAAACCAUAAACUCAAAGUUGCUCAUAAGAAUGAACUGUAAACUGCCAGCUGUUCAGCUCCAAAGAAUUAUUGCUUCAGUGGAUAUAUUUCUUCUUAGUUUCAUGAAUCUAAUCAUCCUUGUCAAUUUAAUCCAUCUUUUCAUUGUACGAAAGUCCAACUUCAUAUUUGAUAAACUUAACAAAGUUGGCAUUAAGACCAAGAAACAGUUGCAAAAGUCACAGUUCUGUGAUAUUAAUAUUCUUGCUAUGUUUUGCAAUGAAAAUCGGGACCACAUCAAAUCCUUGAAUCGACUGGACUUCAUCACAAAUGAGAGUGAUCUGAUGUAUGACAAUGUGGUUCGUCAACUGCUGGCGGCUCUGGCACAGUCAAACUACGAUGCCACACCCACCAUGCGUGAUUCAGGAAUUCAGACUGUUGACCCUAACACAGAUCCAGCUGACAUUGAUGUCAAUGAACAGCUUGUUGUCAAACGACCAAGGAAGAAAAUGAAGUGGAUUCCAAGUAGCAACCCUCUUCCUCAACCCUUUAAGGAACAGUUAGCAAUCAUAAAAAUUGAAAACAGCAAACCUGAAAAGCUUAAACCUGUGAGAAGGAAAACUGCUACAGAGAGCUUAAUAGCCCCUUUUUUAGAAGCUUCUGCCAAAUGCUCCUCUCAGACAAUGUCUCCUAAAGCUGAUAUAAGCAUUAUGGGUGAUAAGAAGCAUUCUCGUCACUUCUCCUUAGAUGUUCAUCCAUAUGUCCUUAACAAUAAAAAACCCAUGUCAGAGACACAGGAAAGUGCUCCAAUUGCCAUGUCUGAAAGCCAAGAGAGUGGCUUCCUGAACCAUGAAGAAAGAAUAACCGAUUCUGUAACAUCUACAAAAGAUAUGCCAAAACUAACUGCGGACACAGAAAAAGAGAAUCAGCCAUUAACUGAGAGUUGUAGAGAUGUAUCUGUUUCUGGGUUGUUCCUUACUUGUGGCAACAGGACCUCUGCAGCAGUGACUACAUCGAGUGUAACGCUCGGCCAGGUGAAACCAGAACCAAUGAGUGUGUUUAAUCGUAACCCCACUCACCCUCUGCUUCACAUUAGCACUUUAUAUGAGGACAGGGAGGAACAUGUCACUACCCUGAUAGAUCGAGGUCACUCUUCCCCAGAUCCUGGGGAAAUAAUUUCUGUGAUUCCACCAAAGCAGGUCAUGUUGGCUUCUUUUGAGGAGCCUAGGACCAUAAUAGCUACUUUGGAUUACUGAAGGUUGGUGGUUCACUACACAAGCACACUAAUUGCUGCAUGAGCUUGGAGCAUUAAAGUAUUUUAAGAAUAUGCUACUGAAAAAUUUAACCCACCACUUUUUCACCAUUAACAUGAAAUCAACCUAAUAAUAUAUUUGUGUAGCUUGCAGUGAAAAGCACAGUUUUCUUUGACCCUCUUAGGUAAGAGCAGCACAAAUUGUCUGUAGUUUCUAAACACUCUUGUCUUCUUGGGGUUUUAGAUGCUUAUACACUGCUGCUUGACAGUGUGUGAACCCUUGUAAUUAUUCAAUAUAUUGGCAUAAAUAUAAUUUCAAAUGCGAUUUAUUUUUCACCGAAGUCCUAAAACUAGAUAAUGAGAACCCAAUUAAACAAAUGAGUCAAAAAUAUAAAGCUUGUGCAUUUAUUUAUUUAUGGAUCACAAACCAAAGUUACAAUAUAUAUUUGUGUCUGGCAAACAUUCAUCUGAUGGGGAUAGUCAUGUUUCAAUGAAUGGGAUGAAAACUGAGAUCACACCAAGAGCAAGGCAUGCACUAAGUCAGGAGAUCUCAAAGAACCCCAGUUUAAUAUCUAUUGAAAAAAAGGCCUCUCUUGCAUUGGUGAAUGUCACUGUUAGGUGAACACCAAACAACAAUGGUUUGCAUGGCAGGUUUGCAAGGAGAAACCCACUUCAGUCCAAAAGAACAUUGCUGCCUGUCCAUAGUUUGCUUAAGACUACAUGGAUAAGUCAGAAUGGCAUUGGAAGUUCUAUGGAUGUAGUAGACCAAAUAGAAGUUUUUUGUUUUGAUAAAAAGCAUUAAUUUUGGUGAAAGGCAAACACUGCAAUACAAUCUAAAAAUCCUUAUCUCAUAUGUAAAAUAUGGUGGGGGCAGUAUUAUUUUUUUGGGCUGCAUUGCUGCCUUUGCACCAGGACAGCUUCUUUUUUUACUCCUUUGGGUUUUAUUAUGAAGUUUUAGGACUUGUGCGAAAAACAUCAGGUAUUAGGUCAUAUUUAUGAAGAAAUUUUAAAUUCAAAAGGGUUCAAAAACAUUCAAGCACCACUGUACAUAUCAUGGUUCUCAAUAAAAACGAGAACUGAUUGCUAUCUGUGAGAAUCAUAUUACCUUAGAUAUUUGAUUUAAACACCUAAAGAUCAUGCAAGUCUACAGUUUCAUACUGAAAUAAUUAUGUAAGUAUAAAUGGUAUUACCAAACCAUUACUAAUAGCAUGUUUGCAAGUCUGUCAAAAAGUACAUCCAUAUUCAACUUGGUGCUUCACUUCCUAUUUUUAUUAAAUAAAGACUACAGGCCCUAUUUCUCAGACAACAAUCAAAAUUUGCAAGCAAUAAAAUGACCCAUAUUUAUUAAGUGAAUUAUUCCAUCCUGUGAACACCCAAGUGUAAAGGUAGCCUUAUCCUGGCUGACAGUGCCCCAUCCACAAACCUACUCAUAUCCAUAUUAUAUGGAAAUCAGGUGGGAUGUUUUCCCCAAUACAUGCACAAAACCGUAAGGCUAACAUCAGGCUUUUUUUUCAACCAGUGCAAAAAUAGAGGAGAUUACAGCAACACGGCCUAUGCUACUUGCUGUCAUGGAUUUCAAUGGCAUCUACCUGACCCUGUGCACAUGAGCACAUUUUACAUUAUGGCAAACAUGGUGCAUUGGCAGCUGAGGUUUUCAACCUUUUCUGAAUGACAAACUGACAAA